AUGGGGGAGGGGAGCACUUUUGCGGCAAGGUUUGAGACACAGCCCGAUAGUGAUAUACCAAUAACUCAGUUGGAAACGGAUAGGCAGCUACAAGUCAUAGAGAAGAUACACCCGAUAGAGGAGUGUGAGGCUCUAGUUCAGGACUUGGUGACUGAGAAGUUGAUCAAAAAUAGUGAUGAAGCAGAGGGAGGAAUGAGGGAGGUGGUUAUGGUGGAAAAGAUGGUAGGAAUUUUUGAAUCAUUAGAUGAGGCGAAAUUGUUGCAAGAGGAAAAGACAGCAAAAGAACCAGAUGAGGAAAAUAAUUUCGUUUCUUUAGAUGAGGCCAGAUGGUCAGAGGAGAUAGUGGUAAUUGAAGAUGAAGGGGAGGCUCUGGGCUCGUUAUCAGAAGGUGAGAAAGUGGAGAAUGUAUUGCACAGAAGCAAAGAAAAAGACUUUUAUUCUGAUCCAGAGAGGAAUGAGCAGCAGAGAAAAAGUUUGAACACCUCGAAGCAGAGGCUGGGUAAGAUGUUGAGGAAAUUUAAACCGAAAGUUGUGGCUUUGGCAGAGCAUUUUCAAAUGGAAGAGGUAAUGAGGAAGUUGGUGCGGGAUUUUCACUUUGCGGAUGGAAUUUCAAACAGUGCGGAAGGAGGUAAAUUAUGGUUGCUUUGGACCCAAGGAAUUGGCUGUCAAGUAAUUGCAAAAUCUAACCAACAUAUCACAGUAGUAAUUGAAGAUAAUAAUAGAAGCAUGACGCUUUCAGUGGUGUACGCCAAGUGUUUGAGACAAAAGAGAAGGCAGCUGUGGCAAGAAAUAGGUGACAUCCCAAGCCCUGCAGAUAAUUGGGUGGUGGCGGGAGAUUUUAACAUAAUACAGUCAGAUGCAGAAAGAAGAGGGGGACGUCCUAGGUCAGCUGAGGCAAUGGAAGAGUUUAAUCAUUUCAUUAAUCUUGGUGGGUUGCAGGAGAUGACGUCCAUGGGGGGGCCUUUUUCUUGGUGUAAUGGGCAUGCAAGUUUAACGAGAUGCUGGGCAAGGUUGGACAGAAUCUUGAUGAAUAAUUCAUGCGCUACCAACUACCCAUCCACAUGCAUGGAAUACCUCUCACGCUCAUCAUCUGACCAUGCACCAAUGGUAAUGUGGCUGGAUAAACCGUCGACACGAUACGGCCCAUCGCCUUUCAGAUUCCAGGAAAUGUGGACGAGACACGAAGAUUUCUUUAAUUGUGUUAAAACAGUAUGGGAGGAAGAAGCAAUGGGGACUGGGCUGUGGAAGUUGGCAUGUAAAUUAAAAAAGCUGAGGGUGGCACUCAAACAAUGGAAUGUAAAUGUUUUUGGUUGGACACAUACACAUAUCGACCAGUUGGAAAAGGAGAUAGUCGAUUUGGACUCCAGACUUCAAGUGGAGGGAUCUGAGGAGGUUGAUUUGGCUUUGUUGGCAGCUAAAUUGGAGCUGGCAGAGUGGACACGUAGGGAGGAAGUGAGAUUGUCACAGAUUGCUAAGCAAAGGUGGGUUGAGGCCUUGUCAGGAUUUGUCACCAUGGAUAAAAAAGAAAUCUCAGAGCAGGAAAAUAGCAGUCUGUGUGCGCUCCCUUCAAUCCAAGAUAUCAAGGAGACAGUAUUUUCGAUUCCGGUAGAUAGCUCACCUGGUCCGGAUGGUUUUACGUCGGGUUUUUAUAAAAGUUGUUGGUGGUUAAUCGAGGGGGAUGUGGUGGAAGCAGUGUGGGAUUUUUUCAGAGGGAGUGAAUUACCCAGGUUCUACUCCUCAUCUUAUCUAGUUCUGAUCUCGAAGGUUUCCAACCCUACAAGUUUUGAGAAGUUCAGGCCAAUUAGCCUGUGUUCGGUAAUUUAUAAAGUAUGCUCAAAAUUGCUAGUGAGAAGAUUAGUGCCGAUACUGUCCAAUAAAAUCUCUCAAGAACAAGGUGCCUUUAUUCCCGGUAAAAGUAUUCUGGAAAAUGUCAGCCUAACACAGGAAUUGAUUCAAAGCCUGAAUAAAAAUGUCAGAGGAGGUAAUGUAAUGAUAAAGGUGGAUUUUGCAAAAGCUUAUGAUAGCAUUAACUGGGAGUUCCUUUUACAGGUAUUGGAUGCUUUCGGGUUCUCAUCUCAGUUUCAGGAACUGGUAAAACAAUGUGUAACGAAAGUAUGGUUUUCUGUGGUGAUGAAUGGUACGGUAAAGGGAUAUUAUAAGGGGGGAAGGGGGUUGCGGCAAGGAGACCCCUUAUCCCCAAUUUUGUUCAUUCUAGUGGAAGAAACUUUUUCAAGACUCUUAAAAGAAAAAUUUCAAAAUGGGAUGAUUGGAAGGUUCUCACAUCCAAGGGGGGCGCCGUUGAUUUCACACCUUCUAUAUGCAGAUGACAUGGUUAUUUUUGCUAAUGGGGUGAAAAAAGGAGUUAAAACAAUUAUGGAUUGUCUGGAAAAAUAUGGAGCUUGGUCGGGGCAAGCAGUGAACAAACAACAAUCGGCGAUUUACUUCUCGAAGCAUAUUACAAGGGCAAGAAGGCGUUCCAGCCUAAGAACUACGGGGUUUGGGCAAGGAAUUACUAACGAAUUUACUGGGAAGGGAAAAAGCCUUGGAAGUACUGAUGCAGUUGGGAAAUUGCAGACAAGGCCUGGACAAACUAAUCUAGAUGGGAAAUCCAGAUGGAAAAUUUUCGGUGAAAAAUGCCUGGGAAAAGACGAGAAAAAGGACACCAGCGAUUCCAGGUUUUAA